AUAUAAGGUUGCUAUUCGCAGCCCUCUGGUCUAUCGUUCACAGCCAUCAACACUCAACCAUUCACCUCUAUAAAACACCUUGAUUGUUCACACAUUGUUCACCCAUUGUUCACUCAAAGCCUCUUCUUCAUCUCUAACAAGCUUUUAUCUUUUAAGAAACUCUCCACCGUUGAAAACUUAAAGAGACACGUUCAUCUCUUGUAAGCCGCCACAGUCUGACAUCCAUACCAAGGCUCUAUCUACUACAUCAUCUAUUUGCAUCAGCCGCCUUGAGUCAAAGUUGCUUGGCUUCACACUGUCUGAAUUCUUAUUGUUCUUUGAUAGAAUCAGUCAAAGAAUCUAUCUCUUUCAGAGACUUCAUCUCUGAUAGCCAACCAACUCCUCCUGACUCAAUCACAAGGCUCUGCUAAGCCGACCAUCAACCGCAAACCCAAUGACAAUGGCAGUCUCUUGCGCUCACUCUUUUGUCAUGAUCAAGUCUGACAAUACUCUCGUUCAGUGGGUUUGCCAGCAUUGCCGGUCGGGACCUCACUGGGCCAUCUACGAAUGCACAUACUGCAAGCUUCAUCUUUGCCGCCCAUGCACCCAGGCAGCCUAAGCUAGUUAAUCAGCAAAGGCUGAUAUCGACAACAACUACCGGAUUGACCAUUUUCAUGGCAGGCCAUCUGGGGGGAUUCUCUUUCUCCUCGGUCAAUCCUGGUUGGUUGAUGAUGCCGCCGUCGCUAUUCAUGAUGUUCAUUCCAUCUUGAAUGCGGCCCACUACCCUUAUUACGACGACAAAUUCACCCUUGGCGAGCCACUCGCUCCCUAACAACACUUUAACUGAUACGGCCUCGACGAAUCAUGACCAUCUUUGACAACUUUUUUCCUUUGUUUUGCUUUAUAA